AACAAUGCAAGCUCAGAUGAGCAAAGAGAGUGAAGCCACUGCGCAUGUGCGGUGUUAAGUAUACGUCAGCUCUUCUUCACUAACUAGCAGCGCAGCAGUUACGUGGCCUUCACUCCUCUUCUCGUCUUCUCAUCAAACACGACCUCACAAACAGCUUGAACAACAUGGAUCAGGUAAUGCAGUUUGUUGAGCCCAGCCGGCAGUUCGUCAAAGACUCCAUCAGGCUCGUAAAGAGAUGCACAAAGCCUGACAGAAAAGAGUUUCAGAAGAUUGCCAUGGCCACAGCAAUUGGGUUUGCCAUCAUGGGUUUCAUCGGUUUCUUUGUUAAACUCAUCCACAUCCCCAUCAACAACAUCAUUGUUGGUGGUUAAAUGCUGGACAA